AAGAAGAAACGCAGUAUCUGACAGAAAAUGGCUGACUGGCAGUGUGGGGGUAAUUUCCUUCUGCUCCGAGCGCAAUUUUAAGUGGCCAUAAGUUGAAGCAUGAACUGUUGGAUUUAGCAAAGAAACAUAAUGUUUAAAAAGGCGAAACGCGCUAACUUCCGAAGGAGGAAUGAGUCCGACGAGGAAGAACAGGAGGAGAGUCGGCAGCCGCCAGUGCCGUCGAUACCGUUUGGGCCUGCCGUGGAGGAAAUCCCGUUCAUGGAGACUUCCAUCAGCGUUACCGCAGCACCUAGCAGCACUGAUAACUACCACAGCAACGGGUUUCAGGCCAACAUUUUAAAAGCGGUUAAGAAAGAAAAGAAAGUUAAAGAUACAGCUAUCGUUACAGCUGCGGUGCCUGCACCCACAAAAGCCAGUUUGCUGAGUUUCGACGAUGAUGAAGAAGGAUCCGAGGUGUUCCGAGUGAAGAAAUCCAACCACAGCAAGAAGAUUGUCAAACAGCUGAAGAAGGAAUACAAGGAGGAUUUGGAGAAGUCUGGAGUCAAACAUGAACACAGAUCAGAUGCUCCACUUCAGCCUGCGGUUGCCAUCAAAGAGGAAGUUACUAGCAGAGCGGGUAGUGAUCAGGGGGAGGAAGAAAUGGAGGUGGACAGUGCUGAUGACCAGCAGGAAGAGGUGAAGAGUCAAGGUGGCCACCCACAAGGUCAAGUCUCCAGGAGCAACCACUCUGUCUCAACGUUCAACACGCUUUCCUCCCUUGGCAGCCUGAAACCAGGGGAGAUCCCCGAUGCGGCAUUUAUCCAUGCUGCCCGAAAGCGACGGCAACUGGCUAGAGAGCUGGGCGGUGAAGCCCCUCUGGUAGAGACGGAGACUCCCAAAAAACGCAUGGCACAAGAAGACCAAGAUGCCAGUGACGACGAAGACGAGGAUGAGAAGAGGAUCCGCUUCAGCGGAGUCAAGAACAAAAGCCAGAGACAAAAGAUCGCUGAGGAGAUAGGUAUUGAGGGUAGUGAUGACGAGGCCUUGGAUACAGGUCAGGAUGAGGAGGUGAUCCGAUGGGAGCAGGAGCAGAUUAGGAAAGGAAUCAGCAUACCCCAGGUCCAAAGCAGCCAGCCAGAGGACAACACGGUCUACUACCAGAACAGCUACGAGACCCAACCCUAUGGCUCCUCCUACAGCAUGCCUUUCACGUACAGCACUGUGGCACAGCAGACUGUCAAACCAACGGGCCGAGCAGACAAUGGCUCUGUUCACUACGGGACCCCUAUUAGUGAUCUAACCCCGGUAUCCAUUGAUCUGGUAAAGAAACGCCUGCAGGAUAGGCUCAGCCAAAUGAGUGCAGGCCACGACGCAAACGCCAGGCGAUACAAACAGAUCGAAGAAGACCUAGCUGCCUCUGAGAGUGCCAUACAGCAGCUGGAGGGCUCAUCCAAUAACAAUUCAGAUCAAUAUAAAUUCUUGCAAGAGAUGCGAGGGUAUGUUGGAGACUUGCUUGAGUGUUUCAGUGAAAAGGUGCCUGCUGUUCUGGAGCUGGAGGCUGCCAUGCACCAGUUACUAAGGCAACGGGCCUCACGACUUGUCCAGAGAAGACAGGAUGAUAUUAAAGAUGAAUCGUCGGAGUUUGCAAGCCUUUCAAAUAAAGCUGUCAUGGCUCCUAAUUUGGACUCAUUUGGUCGAGACCGCGCGGCAUACACAGAGAACAGUCGUCAGAGGAGGAUAGCGGAAAGAGAAGCACGACGAACUCGGCGGCGACAAGCUAGAGAGCAGAAUGGAAAAAGGGCUGAGCAUAAAGAAGGCUUAUCAUCUGAUGAUGAGGAGACCUCCACUGACAUAACCAGCUUCAACAUGGAGAAAGAUCGUAUCAUCAGGGAAUGCAAGAAAGUCUUUGAGGAUGUGGUGGAGGACUUUCAUUCACUUGACUGCAUCAAAUCCCAUUUUGAAGUGUGGAGGAAAGAAUAUGCCGACUGCUACAGAGACGCUUACAUUGGCCUCUGCCUGCCCAAACUCUUUAACCCUUUAGUCCGUCUGCAGCUGAUUACAUGGAACCCUCUCGAGUCUCAGUGUGCAAAUUUCGAGUACAUGCUCUGGUUUGAGUCGCUGCUGUUCUAUGGCUUUGAGGAGCACAGCGUGUUGCAGAGAGGAGAUGGGGAUAGCAGCUUGCUGCCUGCUAUUGUGGAGAAGGUCAUCCUCUCCAAACUGACAGUGUUGGCAGAGCAAGUGUGGGACCCGCUGUCAAACAGUCAGACAGCCAGGCUGGUGGGCUUCAUUCACAGACUAAUGAAAGGUUACCCCACCGUGCUGCAUGGAGAAAACCGGUACACGCAGGAGCUUUUGAAAACAAUUGUCUUCAGGGCCAGGCGGACUCUGGAUGAAGAUGUCUUCCUUCCACUCUACCCCAAAAAUGUGUUGGAGAACAAGAAUAGCGGUCCCUACUUAUUCUACCAGAGGCAGUUCUGGUCCUGUGUGAAGCUGCUGGGCAACAUCCUGCAGUGGGAAGGUAUCUUGUCCAGUUCCUGUCUAAGGGAUCUGGCAUUGGACAGCACUCUGAACCGAUACAUCCUCUGUGCACUGCAGACCACGGACACCGGGGAGGACAACGUCCCCAAGUGCCAGAAGGUGGUGGAGUGUUUGCCCGUUCAGUGGUUCUCUGGACUGAAGGGCCAGCAGACGUUGCCUCAGUUGGAGCCGUUCUGUCGCUACCUCACCCACCUGGCCAACUCAUUUAACCGUAGCAGUUUAGGCGGGUCUGAUUUGGAACGUCGCUCUGCCAAGGACCUGAUCAAAGAAGUGGUGAAGAUGUUGGGUCAGAUGAAUGCCCUGGACCACAUCAUCACUGUGGCAGCAGAGCACGGCAUUAAAGACAUCAAGCCACUUUUGGAAGCCAAGUCGUAGAGGAGGACACGGCAACAUCAGCUCUUCACUCGUCUUUCCUCGUGUUGGACACAUUUGAAGCCAUGGAAUCACUAGAGUUGGGUUUCUGGAAAAAGUCUGCGUAAAUUUGAAAUGCAACUCAACAGGUGUUACUUUGCUUUGGAAGAGAAGGCAAAAAACCCUUGAUGUAAAUAUUGUGAAUAAUGUAUAGAAAGGUUUGCUCAUAUGCUCAACACAAGACUGAUGCUGAAAUGAAACCUUGUAUUUCCAGCUCAACAACAACACUUAGUUAUAUUACAUGCUGGCAAUAUUUGAAAUGAAUAACUUAUUCAGAGUAGACGACUGUUGACAUGAGCUACUGGCUUAUGUUUGGAAAAUAUCUGAUCUCUAAAUUGACACCAUAUUCACCCUGGCUAUCUGUAAAAACUGCUUAACCACACUUUAUUUCUUAGAUUCUGUAGUUUUCCAUGUGUGCAGUAAGAACUCUCUAGUUGGCCAUAAGGUAUACAUUGCACACUAGAUAAGCUGGACAAUGGACUUGUCUGCCAGUACUCUGUAGGACAAGUUGAUAUGGUUGUUGUUCUUUGAUCUCCACUUCACCGUACAGUUCUCCUGCAUCACUUACAGACUGCCCCCAUGACCCACCCCAGCUGAGAACUUUGUAUUCAGAUUUGUAAGAUUUUUGUUUUAGCAUUUUAUUUGCCUGUGAAUAAACUAUCCAUUUGAAUGAA